AGGAGGUUUCCGCAGUGCGCGAUUAGAUGCCGAACUGGCGACAUGGGGAAGUGCGCGGUAAAAAGUUGCAAAAAUAGAAGCUCAGAGCAAAAAAAGAAGGAUGGAAUAUCAUAUUUCUAUUUUCCCAACAAUCCCAUACAAAGGGAAAAAUGGCGCAAAAUUAUAGCGACUGAGAGAGGUGAAGAGUUUUUCAAGCCAAAUAAACGCAGCCAGGUGUGUUCAGACCACUUUGAAGCUACCGAAUUAUAUUAUUCGGAUAAAGGAAGGAGAAUGAAAAAAAAUACUGCUGUUCCACAAUUAAAAACUUCACGACGCACGGAGCUCCGCGGAAAAUUUAUUAAAAUGCCGUGUUGUGCCAUCAAAACCUGCAAAGCAAGAAGCCAGACAUCAACUAUCACGCAAGGAGGGAUUUCUUAUCACAGAUUUCCAAAGGAGCCUUACAUUAAAGAGGCGUGGAUAAAUGUAACAGGCAGAGAAAAUUGGAUGCCUACAAAGUCGAGUACCAUCUGUUCUAAACAUUUUAAAGACAAUGAUUUUAUUAUAAAAAAGUCUGGGAACAGAUAUUUGAAGCCAGGGGCAAUACCAUCUGAAAAAGUUAUCUAUUCACAUUCUUUUACAAAACCCACAUCAACUAGAAGGCGUAGUAAGAGAAUAUCUCAAAAACGUACAUCAAAUGAAGCUACGUCACUUACGGAUUGCAAAUCAAAGCACAAGAAAAUACAGAUAUGUUGUGAACAACCUACAAGCUGCAGUGGGAGCAGUGGACCAAAUGUAGUCGACGAAAGCAUAGAAGACCAAAGUGACGCGGAGUUGAACAGUGAUGAUGACCUGAGUGACGACGAGGCGCUGGACACGUCAGUGUCUUGGCCGCGGCAGGCGCCCGCCGCGUCCACUACUGCAGGAGGAAGCAAGGACCCGUGCGAUGACGAGAGGUGUGACUCGUGCCGCGGCGGCUUAUCAGGUAUCCGGCUGAUAUGCGUGCAGUGCUCGUACAGCCAUUGCGCGGCGUGCGAGACUAGCGGUCGCCACCGGCACCACUACAUGCUGCGCGUGCCGGCCAACGGACAGAAGGGAGUGGUGCAGAAGAUCGUGAAAAUGAUUCAGAUGGAACUUGCAGGCGUUGCCUCUUACCAGAAGCCUGAUCUACCACCUACUGAGGAACAGUUAAUAAUUAAGACUGAGAUUAAAACGGAGCCUGAACCCGAUCCUCUGACAGAGGAUGCAAGCCCGGAGCAGCUAAGGCCGAACAUUCUGGAACAGGCGAUGCUGGAAAUAGACAUUAAGGAGGAGUUUAAUAGCGACGAGGUCGUUGACCCACCCUCGCCCCAGUCUGCGCCCCCGCUACUGGCGCAGGAGACUAUCUCUGCCAACACCGUUGGCGUCAACCUUCCUAUAACUUAUCUCCCAGCACACGGUGCGAGUGUUGCCAGCAAGAGGCGAGCGUCCCCGACGCAACCAAGCGCGCCCAAGAUGACGUGCAUUGCUGCACCCGGUAGCGGCGGCGGCGUUACUGUUAAGAGUGAACCAUUGGCGGCAGACGAAACAUUGCAGACACAUAUUGUAGCAGGCGACUCUGGUGAACAACAAGAACGGACAGAACGCAAUAACACAGGAAGAGCUCCCAAGAAGAAACAGAAACAGUGAUAUGUUUACUAUUGUUUAGUUUAGUUAUGAAUAAUUCUUACUUUUUAUGUAAAAUAAUUAGAAUUUUAGUGACAGUAUUUAGUUUUAACUGAGAUUUAAAGGCAAGUGAUAUGAUAAUUAUGUACUUUUUAAAUUGUUCGAAUCUAAGUAGGUACAAGUAAGUACAACAAAGAUGCAUUUACAUUUGUACAAGUGCUAAAGUUGAUUGACAUAUUCAAAAAACUAUUUAUUUUAAUGACUGUUGUUAUUUGAUAAUUUUAGUUCUAAUCCUCUUUCAUGAUUGAAUAAUUAAUUGUUACUGCUCUUUCAA